UAAUAGUAAGCGUGUCGGUGCGCGUGUUUUGUCUAAACCGCAGUUUAACAUUGCGGUCACCCUCUUUUAGCGGAUCGGAUCGUGGCUGACCAUUCAAGUUGCACAGUUGUUAUUUAGCCCAAACCAUAAUGGCCCAGCUUGUUGACUCAAUGCCCAGUGCAUCGACCGGAUCCGUCGUGGUCACAGACGACCUCAACUACUGGGGUGGCCGUCGGAUCAAGUCCAAAGAUGGUGCCACAUCAGAACCCGUGUUCGAACCUGCGACUGGGCGAGUGUUGUGCCAGAUGGUUCCGUGUGGGGCUGAGGAAGUGGACCAGGCCGUGCAGAGCGCCCAGGCUGCCUAUCUGAAGUGGAGCAAGAUGGCUGGCAUUGAGAGGUCCCGAGUAAUGCUGGAGGCCGCCCGCAUCAUCAGGGAGAGACGAGACAACAUUGCGAAGCUGGAGGUGAUCAACAACGGCAAGACCAUCACCGAAGCAGAGUAUGAUAUCGACGCUGCCUGGCAGUGCAUCGAGUACUACGCUGGGCUGGCCCCGACCCUGUCAGGCCAGCACAUCCAGCUCCCUGGGGGAGCGUUUGCCUACACCAGGAGGGAGCCCUUGGGUGUGUGCGCGGGGAUCCUUGCCUGGAACUACCCCUUCAUGAUCGCUGCCUGGAAGUGUGCCCCAGCUCUCGCUUGUGGCAAUGCCGUGGUCUUCAAGCCCUCCCCCAUGACCCCUGUGACGGGAGUGAUCCUAGCAGAGAUCUUCCACGAGGCGGGGGUCCCCGUGGGCCUGGUGAACGUGGUUCAGGGCGGAGCGGAGACCGGCAGUCUGUUGUGCCGCCACCCCAACGUGGCCAAGGUGUCCUUCACCGGCAGCGUGCCUACUGGCAAAAAGGUCAUGGAAAUGUCAGCCAAGACGGUGAAGCAUGUGACCCUGGAGUUGGGGGGAAAGUCUCCACUCCUGAUCUUCAAGGACUGUGAGCUGGAGAACGCUGUUCGCGGGGCGCUGAUGGCCAACUUCCUGACUCAGGGCCAGGUUUGCACCAAUGGAACCCGGGUGUUUGUUCAGCGGGAGAUCAUGCCCCAGUUCCUGGAGGAGGUGGUGAAAAGGACCAAGGCCAUCGUCGUGGGAGACCCCCUGCUGACCGAGACCCGCAUGGGGGGUCUUAUCAGCAAGCCCCAGCUGGACAAGGUCCUGGGCUUCGUCGCACAGGCCAAGAAAGAGGGAGCGAGGGUUCUUUGUGGCGGAGAACCGUUGACCCCCAGUGACCCCAAACUGAAGAACGGCUACUUCAUGUCCCCCUGUGUUCUCGAUAACUGCAGGGACGACAUGACCUGCGUGAAGGAGGAGAUCUUUGGCCCUGUGAUGUCUGUUCUGCCCUUCGACACUGAGGAGGAGGUCCUGCAGAGGGCCAACAACACAACAUUUGGCCUAGCCUCCGGAGUCUUCACCAGGGACAUCUCCCGCGCUCAUCGCGUGGCUGCCAACCUGGAGGCUGGAACCUGCUACAUCAACACCUACAGCAUUUCCCCCGUGGAGGUGCCCUUUGGGGGGUACAAGAUGUCAGGCUUUGGCAGGGAGAACGGCCAGGCGACGGUGGAUUACUACUCCCAGCUGAAGACUGUGAUAGUGGAGAUGGGCGACGUCGACAGCCUCUUUUAGACACUUCUUCCCUCACUACCUGUGUUUCCAGCACUGUAUUACUUUAUGGCAUAAUUUUGACACACGCACUGCGUCAGUAGAGCGGAUCACAAAAGAGCUGACCGGGAGAGCUGCAGCAGCCAGGUGAAUAAAGAUAAAUAUGUUGACUCUUUGUUGUCUUUUUUGUAUUGG